AUGGCAAAUAAUAGAAUAAAAGAAAAAAUUGUGGGCGUUCUUUUAAGAGAUGCCACCGAUAAGGAAUUAUUGGCGGAAUGUUUGAAAAGACAAGGAAAAGAACCCAACCCCGAUAAUAUGGAUAAAUACCGCUUAUUUUUAAUAGAUAAACCCACGCAUAAUAUUUUAUUAUCUAUGAAGUAUAACAAGACUAAAACGGGAGGAAUUAAAUUUAAAAUAAACGAUUGGGAAGCAUUUUAUAAGCGAUUAGAAAAGGACGGACAUAAACAUUAUCGCCAAGUAUUUAAAGAUUUAGAAAGAGGAGGCGACCAUUUAUUAAUAUUCUCUUUUAGUGAGUUUGAUGAAUGGAUAAAAGAUGAUGACGACCUUAAAGAACAAUUACGACCUAACCGAGUAUUAAUAAUAUUUGGAAAAUUAAGCGAAGCGGUAAACAAUACGGGCGGGCGUUCUUUUGCUGUUUACCGAUUGGCAUUAAUGCCCGAAAAUAUUGUUGAGAUAAAAGAUGAAAAACAAGGAGAGAUAAAGUUUAAAGUUGAAUAA